GCAGAGUUUGUUUACGUUGCUCUCUCAGACCUAGCGGCUGCUUUCUCCAGCUCAGCCUCCAAGAUGGGGAAGUCCUUCGCCAAUUUCAUGUGCAAAAAGGACUUUCAUCCCGCCUCCAAGUCCAACAUCAAGAAAGUAUGGAUGGCAGAACAAAAAAUAUCGUAUGAUAAGAAGAAACAAGAAGAACUAAUGCAACAAUAUCUUAAAGAACAAGAAUCAUAUGAUAAUAGAUUGCUUAUGGGAGAUGAACGUGUAAAGAAUGGCCUUAAUUUCAUGUAUGAGGCCCCACCAGGAGCUAAAAAAGAAAAUAAAGAGAAAGAAGAAACAGAAGGAGAGACUGAAUACAAAUUUGAAUGGCAGAAAGGAGCACCACGAGAAAAGUAUGCCAAAGAUGACAUGAACAUCCGAGAUCAGCCCUUUGGUAUUCAGGUUCGAAAUGUGAGGUGCAUUAAAUGUCACAAAUGGGGUCAUGUCAACACAGAUCGAGAAUGUCCUUUGUUUGGUCUUUCUGGAAUCAAUGCAAGUUCAGUUCCCACUGAUGGCUCAGGACCAUCGAUGCACCCCUCGGAGCUAAUAGCGGAGAUGAGAAACAGUGGAUUUGCACUGAAACGAAAUGUACUGGGGAGAAACUUGACCGCAAAUGAUCCAUCACAGGAAUAUGUUGCAAGUGAGGGUGAAGAAGAUCCAGAAGUUGAAUUUUUAAAGUCACUAACAACCAAACAAAAACAGAAACUUCUCAGGAAAUUGGAUCGACUUGAGAAGAAAAAAAAGAAAAAGAAAAAAGAUAGAACAAAGAAAAAGCUUCAGAAGUGUAGAAAUAAACACAAAAAACAUAAACACAAAUCCUCUUCCUCCUCCUCCUCCUCUUCAUCAUCCUCCUCUUCCUCUUCCUCCUCUUCCUCUUCUUCCUCUUCCUCCUCCAGUGAGACUUCAGAAAGCGGUAGUGAGAGUGACAACAAAGAAAAAAAAAUACAAAAGAAGAAAAGAAAGAAAAACAAAUGUUCAAGAAAUAAAAAUGACCUGGGAGAAAAGGACAAGUCUAAGAAGAGAACAUUUUAUGAAGAACUUUCUAGCAAUCGUCGUAAUAAGGAGAAAGCCAAGGAAGAGCCUAGAUUUUUAAAACAAGAGAGUUCUAGGGAAACUAGCAAAUGGAAUCAUUCUAAUUUUGACAGAAAGUCCAGAAGCCAUAACCGCAGCCCAGAGAAGAGAGGCUCUGAAAGAAAUGAGAGGAGCAGGAGAAGCCGGAGCAGAGAUGAGAGGAGGAGAAGUCGGAGCAGAGAUGAGAGGAGCAGGAGAAGCCGGAGCAGAGAUGAGAGGAGCAGGAGAAGCCGGAGCAGAGAUGAGAGGAGCAGGAGAAGCCGGAGCAGAGAUGAGAGGAGCAGGAGAAGCCGGAGCAGAGAUGAGAGGAGCAGGAGAAGCCGGAGCAGAGAUGAGAGGAGCAGGAGAAGCCGGAGCAGAGAUGAGAGGAGCAGGAGAAGCCGGAGCAGAGAUGAGAGGAGCAGGAGAAGCCGGAGCAGAAGUCAUAGCAAUGACAAGCAAAGGAAAAUAAGAAAACGGUCUUAGCAAAGUCCCAGUAAAGAGUGGAAUAGAAGAAAUGAUACUAGAAGCCACGGCAUAGAUAUGUACAGAGGAGGAAAAAUACACAGAGAAAACUCGGGAGAUGAGCAUACCAGAGUGACAUAGAAUGAACAAGUAGAGAGAAUAGAGACUGCAUGUGACAAUUGGGAAUAAAAAUAUCUCUACUUAUCAAAACUUUUAGCAAGGGCUAAUAUGUACUUUUGUCUUUCUAAUAAAAAAAAAAAAAAGCUCUAUUUUAGUUUUCAGUCUCUGUGAACUGUCAUAUCAAGAACAAAACUUCAUAAAUCUCAUAAUGAACUUUGCAAAUAUUUGUAAGUAAUCUAUUUUGGAGCUGUAAAAAUAUUUUCUGUUGAUAAGUAUUUCUUGUGCCCUCUAUACCAGAUUAAAAGAAAACACAAC